UCAGAUAUAUGAAGUUUUGAUGUCACAGAGAAACACACAGAACACGCACUGGACUUUUAAUCGUGUUUGCAGGAUUUCAGCAGGUUUUUUUUUCUUUUCUUCUCAUAUUCUUUAAAUUUCUUUAUUUUUUAACAUUCCCAUGUUUCGUGUGUGAUGGCUAAUGUAUCAUCUGUUGAUGUGGGAGUUGUGUUUCUUAUCGUGGUGACAGCAUCUUUGGCAAACGCAGGUUUCUCAUCAAGCAUAGAUGUGAGCCAGACGAAGGAGGUGGAAGCUAUUAAUCUGAGCAUGCUGCUGCCAGGCGGUGUGGACCAGCUCACCAGGGAAGCAGAGCCCUGCUCUGCAUGUGACCCGCCGGGGGCCAGGAGGCGUUCAAAGAGAUGCACGUGUUACACUUACAAGGACAAGGAGUGUGUGUAUUACUGCCACCUGGACAUCAUCUGGAUCAACACUCCAGAGCACACUGUACCGUAUGGUAUGUCCAGUUACCAGGGUUCCCUGCGCAGGAGGCGCUCGGCUGGGACUGAGCAGGAGAGGAGGGGGGCGGCGGCCCAGCGCUGUGUGUGUGCACGGCACGCUGACUCCAACUGCAGCGGCUUCUGCAUGGACAGCAGGCAGAGGAGGCCACCACCCCGAGCAGCUCGUAAAACAGACAAGAGGACAGCUUCUCUGCGCAGUGGGCCUGUUAUGAAAUGAACAUAUAAGUGACAUGCUAAUGACCUGAAAGGUGGACAUACUGUACGUUAUUUGGUGCCUUGUGAUCAGAGUGCUGGGUGAAUAACGUGCAGAGCUGCUGAAAGCAAGGGACACCAGCACUCUCUGCCUGUGUCUGUCCGGCAGGUGUGGACAGUUUUUCAUUAUCCUGUCACGACUGAGGAUGGUUUACAUGGCCCGCUUGUUUCGACAAUGACAGACUUUGGUAGAGCACACACAUGCCCAUGCCGCGUGAUGUGGAGACCAUUUCAAGAGCUUCUGCCAUCCAACACCACCAUCUCAUCCCAUUCUGGUAAAUACACAAGAACGGUAUCACUCCACAUGGACAUCAUUCAACACAGCCAGUAACUCAGCAGUAUCACAGUCAUUGAUUGUUUUAUUAGGUUGUUCACUUAUAAAUGCAGUUAGUUUCAGCAGUAAUUGUUAUCAUUGUUAUUAUUAUUUUACUUUUCUGUGAGAUUUUUGGAGGUAAAGGAACUUUUGUCAAGCUGUGUAAGUCUUGUGAAUAUGAAAUGUGUUUCAGUAUAUAUAGGCUAUAAAUCAUAUUUCAAUACAAUACCUAUAUGUACAUUAAAGGUGUAAAGUAAGAUGUUGUAUAUAGAAUUAUACAUGUAUUCAGCAUAAUCAACAGUCCUCUGUGGUAAAUAACCCAUUUAAGUAACAAUUGCAGUGAGCCAUGCAGUAAAUUAAUUCUACACAUUAUUUAUCCUGUGUUUAGUCUUGUUAUGGUUGAGCCCUGAGGCAAUUCCCCAAUCAACUGACCAUCUGCACAGGAAAGAUGUUAAGAACUAGUAGUUUGUAAGUCGAGCAUCUCAGCCUACUGAAUCAGUUUCAGUCUGAGAAAAGGAAGACAUUGAUUCCUUACUAAAUGUUUGAAAUAUUCUGAUGCACGUCUGGCUUAUUUUUUUAUUUUUUUUAAAUGUGCCUGAAAGAAUGGUGAAUAAUUUCAGGCCAGACUCUGACCAAUCAUGUUUGGUUAGUUUGAUCAGAGGCUCCUUUUACAUCCAUUCUGAGUUCAUAUCAGGAGACACAAGACUAGCUGUAGUCGACAUUUGUGCUGACUGACGCACACCAUGCUAUUGCAUUGCACAGUGCUGUCAGGCACACCUUCUACAUAAUGUUAUCCUGCACUUCAGUCAUUUUAAUAUGUAGAAAUGCUGAAUAACACCAAUGAUCUGUUCAUAUUAUCUGCUUAUGGACUUUUGUCUCCACACAAGGAUCAAAUUAUCUACUGAAACUAUACUAUAUGCAUACUUUGUAUAUGUUGGUGCCUCCCUGCCAAGUUAACAUUACCACAGUAUAGUAUACAUAUGAACUGUAGAGAGGCCACAUAUGCAAAGGGCUUGAAAUCAUUAUCUAGCAGCUUGUUGUAGAUCAUAGCAGCUCAAGCCCAUAAGCAUAAGCCCAUUUAUAGCUUUGUAUGUGACAAUAACUGUAUAGGUUUGGCGUAGUCUAUAUCCACAAUGUUCCACCUCUGGGACUACUCUCAAUCCGCCGGAAAUUCCGCCGGAUGUCACUCUUUUCGGAUGUCCGUUUUCGGAUGUCCCGUCACCUUCCGUCUUUGUGUUGUAAUUUUAAACUCAGGUGGAUUUAUGAGGACUAAGGUUAACUGCUCCUCAGAUCUCUGCAGGGUAAAUCCAGAC